UUAUUGACGGAGGGAUUUCACCGGUUUCCUGUUAUGGAGUCGCGCGCACUACUUGACGGGAGGUCCUGUGUUCCGGCUGCGCGGAGUGAUCCGCGUGUGUGCGCAGGCUCCGCUUGUCAGUCAGACUUUGAACGCUGCUCUGGCGCUCACCACCGCCACCAUCAUCGCCCCCAUCACCACAGCUAAUCUCUGCCCUAUCUGCCACAAUAACAGCGCUGCCGCUCACACAUCCACCACCGGAGCAGCGUUUACAGAGACUCAAGAUGAAGGUUUGGUGAAGGACGACAGGAGAAAUACAGCGGCAGCAGCGGAGGAGGAAAAGAAGAGGGAGAAGGAGAUUAAGCUUCGCCGUUCAGCGCUCACGUUACUCGGGGAGUUGCGAUGCUCCGGACAAGGGAUAUUUUCUUCGCCGCCUCGCUUCUUGUCGCCUGUGCAGUUUCACUGGAAGUGCAGAUUACACCAAGUUAUGGUGAGAUUAGCAUCGGAGAGUCCAAGUUCUUCAUGUGUGAAGUCGUAGGUGUCGCCAAGCACAUAGAGUGGUUCGGGCCGAGCGGCGACAGGAUAGAACCGAGCGGAGCCGACAUCACCGUCACCCGCAACGAUGAGUCAUCAUCCACGCUCACGCUGUACAAAGCCCGGACCGAGAACGCCGGCACAUACAAAUGUGUCGCCACCAACGGAGACCAGCAAGCCGAGUCGACCGUUAAAGUGAAAAUCUUUCAGAAAAUCACCUUCACAAAUGUACCUUCACCGCAAGAGUUCACCGAAGGAGACAACGCCAACAUCGUGUGUGACGUGGUCAGUUCACCUCCUCCCACGGUCAUCUGGAAAUAUAAACGAGCAAAGAUACAGCUGGACAAAGACGUUCGCUUUAAGAUCCUGAGCAACAACCACCUUCAGAUCCGUGGAAUAAAGAAGACGGACGAGGGCUCGUACACCUGCGAGGGUCGCCUCAUGCCCCGCGGCGAGAUCGACCUGCGGAUCAUCAAGGUUGUCGUGAACGUGCUCCCCACCAUCAGGGUGUGGCAGUCAGAGGUAAAUGCCACAGCGGACGUUGGGCAGCCGGCCAUGCUGACUUGUGCAGUCGAUGGUUAUCCUGAACCCAUGGUGACGUGGACGAGGAGUCUGGCAGUUCACCUGCCGGAGAGAUUCCUGCUCGAACGAGUCAAACCCAGGAUCACAUACAUGGUGAACCUGAGCAUCUCAGAGACGGACGAGCAGGUGACUCUGACAUGCGAGGCUUCGGGUGAUCCCACGCCCACCAUCAACUGGAGCAACGGCGACGACGUCUACACUGAAGAAGAGCAGGCACCUCUAAACAGGAUCUAUCAGGCGUCGUGGACUCGGCCCGAGCAGCACAAGAGUCUGGACGGGAACGUGGUGGUGAGGAGCGACGCUCGCGUCUCCUCCCUCACUCUGAAGUCAGUGAAGUACACGGACGCCGGUCAGUAUCUGUGCACGGCACGCAGCGCCAUCGGAGAGGACAGUCAGUCUGCGUAUCUGGAGGUCCGAUACGCUCCAAAGAUUCACGGUGAAGUCGCCGUUUACACCUGGGAGGGAAAUGCGGUGAACAUCAGCUGUGAGGUCAGAGCGCAUCCCAAUAAUGUGUCCAUCGUCUGGCUGAGAGACGGACUGCAGCUGCCCAACUCCAACACCAGCAACAUAAAGGUCUACAGGACACCAGCAAGCAGCUUCCUGCAGAUCAGCCCUCAGUCUGAGGACGACUUUGGGAGUUACAACUGCACGGCGUCCAACGAGCUGGGAACCAGGUCCAAGGAGUUCCUUCUCAUCCAGGCCGAGGUGCCGUCCGCUCCCUUCAUCAGCGAGGUCAGACCUUUCUCCACAUCGGCUCAGAUCCAGUUCGAGGCGCCCGAGUCCACAGGAGGCGUCCCCGUCCUCAGGUACAGAGCGGAGUGGAGGACGCAGGGACACGGAACCUGGCUGCACCAAGUCUACAACGUCCCAGACGGUUCCCUGGGUGAGUUGACGAUCACAGGCCUGAAACCAGAGAGCAGUUAUGAGAUGACGCUCUCGGCCGUUAAUGGUAAAGGUGAAGGUGAAAACAGCCCAGCAGAAUUCUUCAAGACUGAACCUGUCCACUCUCACUCUCAGAAAAGUAAGUGUAUGAUCUCCAUAUUUGUUUUGGCAGAUUCAUUUAGUUUACCUCAAAUAUUUAGUGGUUUUAGAUUAUUUCUGUUCAGGUUAAAUCUAUUAAAAUAAAGAUUAUAUGCCUUAUACCUUAUUUCCCAUUUAACUUUGAUUUUUCAUCAGAAUGUCUCACAGUUUCUCUGUUGUACAAUUACAAGAAAAACAUUUAUGUCACUAAAUUUAAUGCCAUGACAAAAAUGUUUAAUCAUUGUCAUUUAAAACAUUUAAAUCUCUUUUUUCUAGCAACAACAAAAACAUAACAUUAACAAGGAAAUCAGGAGAAAAUGGAAAUAAGAUGGAAUCAAUUUUAUUUUC